CCGUCCGUCACUGCGCGUCACGCUCAAUGGCCAAGCGGGCACGCGGGGAGGGCCUGGCCGGGGCCUGCAGGGAGGGGCCGGGCUCGGGCCGGAGCCAGGGCCAGGCUCCCAGGAUGUUCACCCUGAGCUCCCGGAACUCUGUGAGCCCCGUGCUGCUGCUGGUGCUGCUGGGCUGUGUCCUGUGUCCCCCAGCACACGCCAGCAAGAGCUCUGAGGACAUUCGCUGCAAGUGCAUCUGCCCCCCGUACCGCAACAUCAGCGGGCACAUCUACAACAAGAAUGUGUCCCAGAAGGACUGCAACUGUCUGCACGUGGUGGAGCCCAUGCCAGUGCCUGGCAAUGACGUGGAGGCCUAUUGCCUGCUCUGCGAGUGCAAGUACGAGGAGCGCAGCACGACCACCAUCAAGGUGAUCAUCAUCAUCUACCUGUCGGUGGUGGGGGCCCUGCUGCUCUACAUGGCAUUCCUGGUGCUCGUGGACCCCCUGAUCCGCAAGCCAGACCCCUACACCCAGCCCCUGCACAAUGAGGAGGACAGCGAGGACACUCACUCCCUGGCCGCAGUGCCCGGCCUGCCUGGCGCCAGGGCCAACACGGUGCUGGAGCGGGUGGAGGGGGCG